AUGUUAGCCUGCCUAGGUCUAAACGAAAAGGAAAUCAACAAAAUUAAGUAUCUCUAUAUUAACCCCAAGACAAAGAUAGUUAUCAAUGGAAAAGAGUCGGAAUAUAUCAAGUGUGAAGCGGGAGUAAGGCAAGGCUACCCAAGUUCCAUGGUCCUCUUCACGAUAUACAUAGAGGGACUACUUAACCUAAUUAAUAAUGACAACCUGAUCACUCCCAUAUAUAUUCCAGGUGUUAGCAAGAAGAUCAAAUAUGCGGCGCAUGCCGAUGAUAUCAACUUCUUCAUCAACGACAACGUAUCUCUAAAUAGAAUUACCCUAUCACUCAAUAAAUUCUGUGACACCACUGGUAUGAAAAUAAAUAAAAAUAAAAGUAGCAUUAUUAAAGUUUACGGCCACAACAACAUAGAUAGCUUAACGUUCAAAGUGACUAACAAUAAAAAGAUACUAGGAAUAUGGUAUGGGAAGGAUAAAAACAAGAAUAACAUGAAAGAGAUGAAGUCCAAACUAGAAAAAGCAAUAGAAAAUUGGGAAAAAAUUUGGCUUUACCUGCCAGAACACACGAUAAUUGUAAACAAAGUACUAUUUGCUAAAAUAAUGUACACCCUCUACACCACCAAUUUAGAUAAAAAAGAAAUCAAAAUAAUAGAAAAACUAAUCUUUAAAUACAUCUGGACAAAAGACUUUGAGCCACUAAAGAGAGGCAUAAUGAAGAAUGAAAUCGAUCAAGGAGGGUGGCGAAUAUGGGAUGUCAAAACGUUAGAACAAGCAUUACAACUAUCCAACCUGAUUAACGCAAUCCUUCAAAAGCAACAUCCUCUCGAGGACCUAGCUAUCUACAUCCUUGGACCCAUCACUAAACAUCUGUCCAAUGAACUAACAAAUAGACCGUUCCUGCUCGACAAUAGCAACCAUUACAGCCAAUGGAGAUCCACGAUUAAAAGUCUAAUAACAACUAAUAUAACUAUAGACAAGUUAAAACCCAGUAUAAUAUACAGAAGUAACCAUCCUCAACAUCACAAUCCCAAUCUCGUAGACAACUCUGUUGAAUGGAAAGAAUGCUGGAUCAACGUGAGCAGGCUCCCACCGGAAUGGAAGGAGACCACGUGGCGCAUCAUAAACAAUGUUACAAUGACAAAAGAGUACCUGCACAAUUAUCACCUUCUAAGAAGUGCCAAGUGUCCGCGCUGCACCAGAGACGAAAGUACCUACCAUUUAUUUUAUGAAUGUUCCACCGCUUACCGCACGUGGACCUGGUUUAAUAACAUCUUUAAUAUUACUCUAAACUGGAAGAACAUCAUGUACCACUCUGACUUCCCUAGUACCAAUUACAACAUCUAUAGUCUUAACUGGAUGGUAGCUCUCAUAAAGAGAACUAUCUGGAAAGCAAGGUGCGCUCUCCUCUUCGAAAAUAAAAAAUGGAACCCCGCCGUGUGUAUAAAAAAGAUCAAGGAAGAAGCCAACCUAAAAAUACAAAAUGACAUCAAACUCCUUACUGAAAAGGACUUCAAUCAACUCUACCACGGGACUUUCAAUGUCAUCUGGAAAGAAGAAACCACCCGAUAUAUAUUCAGCGAUGACUGGACUUAG